UGGCGUGGCUUGGCCAAGUUCCCCUCCCCGGGGAGGGAGAAAGAGAGCAGGUGACAAGUCGGAAGGAGAAGUAGGUCAGGCUGUGCUGGGCAGGGCCGGGGCCUGCUUGCCGCACUGCUACCAACUUCUCAGCUGCUCUCUGCCAGCCACAUGGGCACCGGAUGGGGUGAAGCAAUGGGUAGCCCCGAAGACGACCUCAUUGGGAUCCCGUUCCCCGAGCACAGCAGCGAGCUGCUCGAGCGGCUGAACGAGCAGCGCCGCCGAGGCGUGCUCUGCGACGUGACUCUGCGGGCCCAGGGCCUGGAGUACCGGACUCACCGGGCCGUGCUGGCGGCCUCCAGCCGCUACUUCCAGCGGCUCUUUGCCGGGCCCGGCCUGGGCGUGUGCGAGCUGGACUUCGUGGGCGCCGAGGCCCUGGGCGCCCUGCUGGACUUCGCCUACACCGCCACCUUGACCAUCAGUGCCAGCAGCCUGGUGGACGUGCUCCGGGCCGCCCGCCUGCUGGAGAUCCCCUGUGUCAUCGCGGCCUGCGUGGAGAUCAUGCAGGGCAACGGGCAGGAGGCGCCGGUCCCCGACGACGCGGCCCGCGAGCGUGCCCGGCGCUACCUGGAGGCCUUCGCCUCCCUGCCUGCCGCCGAGGGAGACCUGCCGGAGCCGCCGGCCUGCCCGGUGCCCCGGCGCAGCAAGAAGACCCGCAGGUUCCUCCAGGCGAAGGGCUCGCGGCUCAACAACCACGUCGCCGAGCUGUCCCCCUCGCUGUCCCCCUCCUCGACGGGGACCCAGGAGCGCCCCAGCCCCCCCGGCCAGGCCUCGCCCGCCCCGGCCCUCAGCCACCCCCACGAGGACGAGAGCAUCCUCGUGCCGUCUCGCCCCUUCCACUACCCCUACGCCCUGGGCCUCUCCCCGGAAGACCCCGCCUCGGACGAGGAGCGCCCCGAGCCCGACAUCCUGUCCUACAUGCGGGCUCUGAACCCCGAGGGGCUCUCCCCGGCUCUCGACCCGCCGGACAAGCUGGUGCGCAAGCGCCGCUCCCAGAUGCCGCAGGAGUGCCCCGUCUGCCACAAGGUCAUCCACGGCGCCGGGAAGCUCCCGCGUCACAUGCGCACCCACACGGGCGAGAAGCCCUUCGCUUGCGAGGUGUGCGGCGUCCGCUUCACACGGAACGACAAGCUGAAGAUCCACAUGCGCAAGCACACAGGCGAGCGCCCCUACUCCUGCCCGCACUGCACGGCGCGCUUCCUGCACAGCUACGACCUGAAGAACCACCUGCACCUGCACACGGGCGCGCGGCCCUACGAGUGCUGCCUCUGCCACAAGGCCUUCGCCAAGGACGACCACCUGCAGCGCCACCUCAAGGGCCAGAACUGCCUGGAGGUGCGCACCCGGCGCCGGCGCCGCGGGCCCGAGCUCGACCCCGACGCCCUGCCCCGCGCCGAGACCCCGCCGCCCGCGCCCGAGGCCGGCCUGCCCAACGGGCAAGCGGCGGGGCUGCACCUCCCGCUCCCGCGCCGCUGCUGGGAGCAGCCCCGUGCGCACCGCGGCCUCUCCCCGGCCUCCCGGGAGGACGAGGAGGAGGAGGAGGCCGCGGACGAGGGGCUGGCCGAGAGCGACGGCCCGCUGGCGAUGGGGGCGGCGUAG